GUCUUUACUUUCAACCUUAAAGAUCUUUUUAAUCGUAACAACGUCUCAGAAUGGAUUUUCAGAAUCGUGUUGGAUCCAAAUUUGGAGGAGGAGGAGUUGCAGGAGCGUCUGAAACAAAUGUUGACCGUAGAGAACGGUUAAGGAAGCUGGCAUUAGAAACGAUUGAUUUAGCUAAGGAUCCUUACAUCUUGAGGAAUCACCUUGGUUCUUUAGAAUGUCGUCUAUGUCUUACGUUACACACCAACGAAGGCUCAUAUCUCGCUCACACACAAGGAAAAAAGCACCAAACGAAUCUUGCGCGUCGUGCCGCUCGAGACGCCAAGGACACGCAACUAAUGAUUGCUCCGACACAGAGUACUAUACAGCGCAAGGUUUUCCUCAAAAUAGGACGACCAGGAUAUCGAGUUACCAAAGUACGAGACAUUGAAACUGGAAAGGAAGGCAUGAUGGUGCAGGUCCAUCUACCUCAAAUCAAGGCGGGUGUCAUUCCGCGACGGCGGUUCAUGAGUGCUUGGGAACAGAAGAGGGAACCUCCAAACAAGGCGUAUCAGUAUUUAAUAGUUGCUGCAGAACCCUACGAGACGAUUGCUUUUCGAAUUCCGGCUCGAGAAAUCGAAGACGAAUCAGAUGAUGCCGGUUACUGGAAUUGGUCCCACUGGGACCCGGACACCAAGCAAUACAGUUUCCAAUUCAUGUUCCGUUUAGCAUUUUAACAGCUCGUUGCUCCACUGUCUUGUACAAUAUUAUUAUAAUAAUACAGUGUAAGACUACGGUUCAAGCCCGCUCGGUCAUUCAUUCCAAGUGAUAAUGUUGCUAUCUUCAUCGGAGCCGUGUUCUUUUUUGCGGUGUUGCAUGAGGCGAUCCCGCGAAGGAAAAAGUUUAUGGCAAUCUUGCAAGGCACAAAGGAAUAUCGCGGUCUCUUGGGGAGUCGUAGCCUUGGCUAGAGAUUGAGAUGUUUCCAGCUGUUCUCGGGUUGUCGUCGUGUCUGAGAGAGCAGGACGCGCUGGAAGAACAGAAGGGAGCAUGAUGACAGUCACAGA